GCUUUUGUGAGUUUCACCACCGCUUUGGCUGUUAGACGGUGAGCUUCUUCUUGCACCCUUGCUGAAAAUUUCAGAUUUCCAUUUCUCGAGCUAGCCAUGGGUAAGGGUCCUGGUCUCUACACUGACAUCGGCAAGAGAGCCAGAGAUCUUCUGUUCAAGGACUAUCACUGCGACCAGAAAUUCUCCAUCACCACCUACUCGCCCACUGGAGUUGUUAUAACAUCAUCAGGAACUAAGAAAGGUGACCUGUUCUUGGCUGAUGUUAAUACCCAAUUGAAGCACAGAAACCUCACCACCGAUAUUAAAGUUGAUGCUGAUUCCAAUCUCUUCACCACAGUCACCUUUGAUGAGCCUGCUCCUGGUUUGAAGAGUAUCUUUAGCUUCAGAGUUCCUGAUCAAAGGUCUGGAAAGGUGGAACUUCAGUACUUGCAUGACUAUGCUGGGAUAAGCACAAGUGUUGGGCUAACAGCUAGCCCGAUUGUCAACUUCUCUGGUGUUAUAGGGACUAAUGUCCUUGCUGUCGGUACUGAUGUAUCUUACGACACCAAAAGUGGGGAUCUAACUAAAUUGAAUGCUGGAUUGAGCUUCACGAAAGCCGACUUUAUUGCUUCACUGACUUUGAAUGAUAAAGGUGAUGCUCUGAAUGCUUCUUACUACCAUGUGGUCAACCCCUUGACCAAUACCGCUGUGGGUGCUGAUGUGACUCACAGAUUCUCAACUAACGUGAAUACCUUCACCAUUGGUACCCAGCAUGCCCUGGAUCCAUUGACCACAUUGAAAGCUCGUGUCAACAACUCUGGCAGUGCUAGUGCCCUCAUCCAGCAUGAGUGGCGUCCCAAAUCGUUCUUGACCAUCUCUGGUGAGGUAGACACGAGAGCCAUUGAGAAGAGUGCUAAGGUUGGCUUGAGCUUGGCUCUCAAGCCCUGAGGAAUUUUGAGCUUUCUUGGCAAGAUCUCCGCGGUAGGCAUUAGGAGCAUAUAGUUAUAUGCCAUCCGAUUUAUUUUCUGAGGUUGGUUUUCUUUUUGGAAGCAAGUGUUUAUGGUUCUCACGCAUGAGUGUUUCGACCUGGUAAAAAUGUCUAGUAGAUUAUUUAAUAAACCUAAUGUUACUCUCAAAUAUAAACAAGCUCUGCAAGCCUCACUGUAACUGAGGAUUGGGUACACUUGUUGAGAUUUGAAUUGCAAGAUAUCUUGCCUUUUGAUGUCUCUUUUCAGCGUUGCGAGUCUAGCAUGUUGAGAUGCUUUA